AUGUCUUUGUUUGCCGACACUGCUCAUGCGAACUUGUUGGCAGACACGACUUCUGACCGCGCUAUCCUCACCAUGUCGACGCCUACACCCACCGCCUCACCAGCACCAUCUCUGUCUCCUUCCCGAUCCCCGUCUUCGUCUCUGUCCACGUUUCACGAUGGGUCUGGGAACACCCAGAUGGGUCUUGCCCUCGAUGAGGACAACACGGUUAACAUAGGUCUGUUUUCUGCUGAAGGCACCGGACCUUGCCCGACUCCCGGCUGUCCUCCAACCUCUCUCCGCCUCGAUACCCCCGAAAACCUCGAGGCCGACCUCGAUGCCCUUUGCUUGUGGCAGUCAGGCCUGCUCCUUCUUCCACCUGGAUCCUCGCCCUCGCCAACCGCAGAAUUUCGUCUCGCGCCCGAGCAUCUCAACCGCUUCCAGUCGCUCCUCCGCCAAUUGCGCAUCGCUCGCUUCUCGUACGAUUUCCCCUCCAGCUAUGCCCGGGUUGUCAUGGUCGAGUCCACGUUGCACGCGCAGGCCAUCAGACGUGCCUCGGAGCUAGUAAUUCGAGCCAGGGACGACAUGGUGACUGCUGUUUCCGCCUACGCAAACGGCCUGCAAGACGCCCAGCCGGCUGCCGAUGCUGCCCACCUCGCCAUUCGCCUCGAGAACCUUUUGGACAACGGUGCCGCAAAGGUCGAACUGCCCGGAGGCCUGCUCAGGCAGCCCGACAUGCAGCUGAUCGACCUUCCCGGCGUCUCAAAAUUGCCCCCCUUCGUUGUCGAGAUUGCCUUUGGCCAGACGCGACAGAGUGCAGCCGCCAAGGCUAAACAGUAUCUGGCGCAAACCGACGGCCGAAUCCGUGCCGUGCUCAUCCUCGACUUCCAGUACCCCAAAGCGUCUUCCGUUCGUCUCGGUCUGUGGACUGCUCAUUCGGAUGCCAAAGUUAUCGACCCCGUCGAGGUCCAAAAAUCGACCUUGUUCGACGCCGAUGUCGAUGGCGACUCCAACGCUCCAGUUGACGGCACCCUCCGCCUCUUCGCGUCCGACUUCCUUUCCAUCGACCCCCAGGAGCUCCCGCAGGAGUUAAGCCGUCCCAGUUCCGUGGGCCCCGAUGCAGACAGCCUAAGAGCACGGCGAACGGGUACCGAUGCUGAUAACGAUCACUGGAAGCAAAUCCAAGCAUGGGGGGCAUGGGAAGUGGAGUGGGCAUACAAACUCAGGGAGCCUGCGGUUGAAGAUUUCGUGGUUUUAUGA